CGAUUUUAACUCAACAACAUUUAGAUGUUUUCUUUGAAAAAAUAAAGGCAAAAAAAUAUCACUAAAUUUCGGUUUUAAAUUUUGAAUCGUGUGAACUUUAGUACAGAAGCCGCCAUGAAGUUCUAUCCGAAUGCAGAUGUCUGGUUCUGUGUGGACAAGACCAGCUGCUUGAACAGCUAUCAAAAGUAUCCACCCACGCACAGCUGGAAGAUUCACGAUCGGACCACCGCGCGGGAAAUGUACUAUUGGCGCGACAUCGAGGGCGUGAAGAAGACGGAGAUCAAGCUUAAGGAUCUGUACUUCACCAAUUGGCCCAAAACCCGCAUCCGUCCACAGGCCUGCUUGGGAUUGCUCUAUGCCACGGGCAACAGAUUCAUCCGACUGACCAAGGCACCACCAGCGGGCUUCAAGUGUGCACCACUGCCCGUCAAUCUGGCCACCGCUCGAAUUGUCAAAGUGGAGCUGCGCAAGAAGGCGAAGCGCGAAAAACAGGCAGCUAAAAAGGCUAAAAAGGAAGCGAAGAAGGCCAAGAAGGCGGGCAAAAAGGGCAAAGGAAAGGGCGGUAAUGGCGAUCUUAAGCCAAAGGUCAUUAGGACAUACGAAGACGCCGAGAAAGCAUAAUGAUUACACAUUAUAUUCAAAUCCCGGUGUAUUAAAGUGAAUUUCGAUAAUUUUUAAACGUUUUGAAGGCGUAU